AUGGCGGCUACCCAAGAGGAUGCAAGGCAGGUGGAGUCCUUGCGGAAAGGAGAUACUCUCAAGAAACCGUCUGCUAUACGCAAGAAGGCGCCUCCGAAGCUUGCCAAGGUAGAUAAGAAGGAAAAGGUGGAUAAGCCUACCUUAGAUGAGAAACCAGAGAAAAAAGUGGAGACUGAAAACGUGGGAGAUGUUGGUGCUGUUAAAACGCCUGAAGCGGGGCUAGAAGAACAGGUUGAGAAGGUUGAGGACAAAGCAGGAGAGGCAGGUGAAGAAGCAGAAGAAGAACUGGAAAAUGAGGACAUGGAGAAUGAGGAGGAGGUGGAGGAAGAGCUGGAGCAGCAACGUGGGCCUGUCGAACAAAGAGAAGCCAUGCCAUCAGACACUGCGGCAGGUUCUUCGUCCACCGCUAGGCUAGCGGAUAAGGGCAAGGGAGCAGCCGUGCAACUGGGCCGGAUCGGGGAAGGCACUGAAUCCAUGAAGGAUCAGGUCCCCACUGAAAUGCCGGAUCAAGUGCAAGAGAAGGCUGGAGAAGGCGUACAAGAGCCUACCGAAGGAGUGGUUGAGCCUGAGAAAGAAACCGAUCUCGGAAAAGGCAUACCAGAACCAUCAGAUAUAUCGGAAUUGAAGAAAGCUGCAGUGAGCAUUGGAGACCUGAAAGGCCUCUCUGUUGGUGAAGGUGGAAACAUUGUCAAUGCAGAGGGGAAAACGAUCGGAAAGGUUGUUGAGGGGGAUCCGGAUGACCUUGUUGGUCAGGUUGUUGAUGCUGAUGGAGAGAUCCUGGACGAGGACGGCGACUUGAUCGGUCGGGUUGAUGUCGUGACUGAGAAAGUCGAUGAACUGCCACAGGCCGACGAACUUCCCAAAGCCGAAGAACUCCCCGAGGCCGAAGAAGUGGCAGAACUGCCGCAAUUGCCGGAUAUAUCGACUCUCGAAGGCCUAAAAUGUACGAAGUUCGGCAGUAUCUUGGAUACUCAGGGUAACCUAGUUGGGGAGUUGGUUGAAGGCGAUGCAAAAAGGAUCUUUCGAGGAGGCUUUGAGCUUGACGAUAAGGGCCAGUUCUGGGACCACCGCGGUAAUGUCAUUGGCAAGGUACAGCCUGUUCUACCAGAGGCGGAAGAAACCAGCAUCUUCGAAGGAAUGAAAGAUCUGUAUGUUGACAAGGAGGGAUGGGUACUAGAUGACAACGGUCAACGCGUUGGACAGGUAGUUGAAGGGGAUGUUAAAAAGCUCGCAGGCCGCGCGGUUGACGAGGACGGCGACAUUCUCGAUCGGCAUGGAAACCUGCUCGGUCACGCAGAACCCUGGCAGGAGCCAGAAGAGGUUGCGGACGAGGUAACGGAGGAGAAGCCGGAUCUCAGUUGUCUGGCAGGGCUUAAGCCCACCAAGCUUGGCCUCGUGAUUGGGCCGGACCAAGUGCCUCUGGGCAGAGUUGUUGAGGGCGAUCCCAAGCAACUUGCCGGCCGAACCAUUGCGCCGGAUGGUCUCAUUUGGGGCGACAACGGGGAGGUCAUUGGGCAGGUGGACCUGAUCCCCGAAAAUGAGCGAAAAGAUCUCAGCCGGCCAUUCCAGGGAUGCAGGGACCUGAUGGUGAAUGGAUCUGGCUGGGUGGAGGAUGGUGACGGGAAUAUCCUGGGUCGAGUGAUCGAAGGGGAUCCCCAGAAGCUCCAGGGAUAUGAUGUCGAUGAGGAUGGAGAAAUUGUGGACCAGCAUGGAACUGUCUUGGGGCGAGCUGCACCAUGUGAACCCCCUGCCGAGGAGGUGGAGGUACCCGAUCUGUCUGCAUUAGCUGGCAAAGUGGUAAACAAGAUGGGCAAUGUCGUGGAUACGAACGGAAUUGUAUUUGGGCGGUUGGUGACAGGUAACCCUCGAAAGUUGGCGGGCAAAUCCGUGGAUGAGCAGGGUCAGGUCUGGGAUGCUGCGGGCCACGUUGUCGGCCAAGCCGAACUCAUUCCCGAUGCCGAGCGAGAGCGGCCAGAGGGACCAUUCAGCGGCCUAGAUGGCUUGACGGUGAAUAAGGAGGGUCAGGUUGUCGACCCGAACGGCACACCGGUUGGUCGUUUAGUCGAGGGAGACCCUAAACGCCUUGCUGGGCGUGCCGUGGACGAUGAUGGAGAGGUCCUUGACUCGGCUGGGAAUUGCAUUGGCCGGGCUGAGCCGUGGUCUGCUCCAGAGGAACCGCCUAGUCCCAUGGCUGGCCGUAAGGUUAACCGGGAGGGAGAGGUCCGCGAUGAAGAUGGCAAUCUCAUUGGCAAGCUUACUCAGGGAGAACUGUCGAACCUCAUCGGCCGAACGAUUGACAAGGAUGGCUAUGUUGUGGACAGUGCCGGCAAUAGGAUCGGGGAAUGUACCUUGCUGGAGAAUAUACCCCCAGAGCCAGAGCCCGAGGAACCGGAAAUGUCCCCCGAAGAGCGCGAGCAGCUGGCUCGACAGGAAGAGGAGAAUGAGCUGGCCAAAAAGAUGUGCUCAAUUGUUCAGCAAACUCUGGACUCCUUGGAACCCAUGUGUCGAAUGAUCACUCAGCAUAUCGAAAAGGCCAAUAGUACACCCAAGGAUGAAUUGGAUGAAGAAGCACUGGUCAAGGAGGUAAAACCAUUGAUCGAAGAGGCUGGCACCAUUCUGCAGGAGUGCAAAGGAGCCCUGCGAGCGUUGGAUCCGGAUGGCCACAUUGCUGCCAACGCCAAAGCCCGCAGUGCCUCCCAAGAAGCCACUCCACAGGAGCAUCAUCUGGCGGAAUUACUGAAGGACUUGACACAGCUAGUGACGGAGACGAUCGAACGGGGUAAGAGUAUGAUUGCCGACAUGCCCCAUGCGAAGAAAGAGAUCAACCCGCUCUGGGCGCUGUUGUCCGAGCCGUUGUUCCAGAUCAUCGCGGCCGUCGGUCUCUUGCUCAGUGGCGUUCUGGGUCUUGUGAGUAAUCUUCUGAAUGGUCUGGGUCUGGGAGGUCUUCUUCAAGGGUUGCUCGGUGGCUUGGGCGUGGACAAGCUCCUGGAGGGUCUGGGACUGGGGACCAUCACGCAGGGGAUCGGGCUGGGUGGAAAGAAAUAG